AAUCUCAUCACUUCCCUCAAAGCAAAAGCCGACCAUCCAUUCACCUCCGCGGCCGAAGCGGCCCGGCACACUUGAGCUCUCGUGCCAGUCAGGGCCACUCAAGGGUCCAGUCCUCGAUUCUCACCUCCCGACACGAUGAUCUCUGGACCUCGAUACUAUUCAGAACAUGCCAAUUCCCCAUUCCGCGACACAGAAGCAAGCUCAUCACGAUCUCCAUAUGGUCGGCCACCGGCAUUGUCCAUGUCCAGGGCAAGCUCGUCGAGCCUGGCUACCGAGAUUGCAGUGCCCAAUACACCUCGGGCCUCGCCACGCACCUCUUUCGAUAUUCUGACCACGGCAUCCACUUUAGAAGUGCUGGCCGAUGCUAGCUUGGAGCCGACGCAAGGACCAAAGCGCCGCUCAGCAUUAGCCAGGAGACUGAGCAAGAGCACCAAGAAGCCACCGUUGGACUACCAGCAGACUCUAGCCCAGGCGACGCUCAGCAACCCAGAACUGCACCUGUCAUCUGACCCACUGCUGGACAGCGACAGUCUUCAGUAUCGGCGCCUCAUUGCCUUUCCAGUGCAGGCAGACGCCCCGUCAAGCACCAGCCCUUGCAUCACUAAGAGAAAGAGUGCCACAGACUGGCUGAAGUCAAAGAAAUGGAGCGCUGCUCUCAUAGGCAGAGUGUCGCCACCCACAACGUUAGCAAUUAAACGAUCACUUGCUAGAACCUCUUCCCGUCCCGGCAGACCGACAGAGACUGGUCUCACUGGCACAAGUCCUGCCGACGCAUUGCGUACUACAGUGGAGCGGAUGAGGGCAGCUCGAACAUACUUGCUCGAAGAGCUUGGCAAGCUGAGCGUGGAGCAGCUUGGGUGGGAUCAGGAGCGAGUCUCAGAGCUCAGUGAGACCACAAUGUUGAUUGACGAUGACACAGGCGUCUCAGACAUCGCCACAUCCAAGGAGCUGUGGUCUUUCUGGGCCUGUAUCAACAGUGGAGUUCUGCUUUGCCUACUCGUCAAUCACCUGAAGCCCGGUGUCAUCGAUCGUAUCGACCGCCGAGACAUCGAAUGGGUUCGAGCAGACAACCUUUCGCGUUUUCUGCGAGCAGCGAGAGACUUCUUUGCUAUUCGCUCCAGGGACCUCUUUCAUCCUCUGGAUUUGACCGAGGCGACAGUCGAAGGCCUCGAACGAGCAAUUCAUACGAUCCUCGCCAUUCGGGAUAACGCUACAGAGGCAGGCAUUUCAGUCAGCUCGCCAUCUCUGCCUCUAAGCUCGACCACUAUCGAACGAGUCAAGUCGAAGAGGAAGAGCCUCGUCAGUCCAUUGCGGUCCCCGGACGAGUCCCAAGUAGAUCUGCCAAUCGUACAUCAACGCUUCUCUAUGAGCUCCACCUCGUCCGCAGAGCUCAGUCUCGGAGAGGGAAGCGACUCACAUCCUGAGUUGACGGUGGCGGAGCAUCGAAAGGCCGCCGAGGCGAAGCUUACAAAGGGCGUCUCGAGACCGUCUGACCCGAUCUCCAUCAAAAGCCAUCGAUCCGGCAGCAGUCAAUCGUCGCAACCGUCAAGCAUGAUGCUCCACUCUACGAGUCAGGAGCAACAGCGACCCAGGGCGCUCACAAUCACGUUUGCGCAAGACAGCACGUCUCCUCGUUGGACUGCACAAGACGAACCGCGAGUGCAGUCUGUCUACCGCGACAGAAAGCCAAGCGAAUCUGCGGUAAACCUCCGAGAUGUGGCCGAAGAGGAGGCCGAAGACGUGCUUCAGUCAGGCACUGCUUCUUCAGACAGUCGACCUGACGGACUUGACAAUGCUGCUGAGACAGGUCGAGUGAACUCCCCUGGAAGCGAGAUGCACCCGGCUCGCGCUCCGAUCAUCGCCAGGACUCAUUCUCAGCAUCGCAUCAGCCGAGAAAUCGCAUUAGCGCAGCAGAGUCCGCCUCACAUCUGGAAGCCCCGCGUUCAUGAAUCUGAAGGGACCGGAAGUCCAGCUGUUGAACGUCGACACGGCGGAUUUUCAGUGGGGCAGUCAUACUCAUCAGAAGCAUCUGAUCUCUCUCAGCCAGACACAAGCUCAGUCCAAAGCCAAGUGCCAUUCCCGAGCUCGAGAUCGCCUGCUGGAGCGAUUGCGCAUCGCGAGGUCAGCGGUCCAAGCUUGCGACGUCCCUCUCUCGCUAGCCGAAAGGCUUCCAUCGGAGCAAUUCCCAUCAAGAGUUCAUCUGCCGCUUCCUUCUCUGCAAGAUCGGAUUGCCUGCAGGGCACUCCACUCGCUACCAGAACACCUGUGCGACCUGCCUUCAGGCCCUUUCGGUACACAUCGGAGCUGCAGGUGCCUACCACUCCGCCUAGCUUCUUGCAUUCAGAUGAUGCGUCAUCCUUGGCCCCGAGCAGUGAUCACCGGACGUCCUCUAGUAGAACGACCUUCCAGACACGCCUCAGCACCGAUACUGCUCCCUCUGAGAUCCACUCAGCGAACAGCUCAAGCGUAGAAGGUCGCGCGGUGUCGCUCUCCGCUCCCUCAAGACACAAGAUCACUCUCCUAGAGGAAGACAAUAAGAGCACUACGUUUCAAAUGGGUAAUUGCAUCGGUAGGGGCCAAUUUGGGUCGGUAUAUCGUGCUCUCAAUCUGAGCACAGGGCAGAUGGUUGCCGUCAAGCGAAUCAAGAUCGAAGGGCGAAGCGAAGCUGAAGUGACACAACUCAUGAAAGAAGUUGAGUUGCUAAAGAGACUCCAUCACCCUUCCGUAGUCAAGUAUGAGGGUCUGGUGAGGGGAACCGAUGCGAUUUCGAUUAUUCUGGAGUACGUUGAGAAUGGAUCUCUGCUUCACACCUUGAAGGCAUUCGGCCACUUGCCCGAGCAGCUGAUAGCGAGCUACGUGGUGAAGAUCCUGGAGGGACUCGUCUAUCUUCAUGAGAUGGAAGUCGUACAUUGCGACCUCAAAGCAGCAAACAUCCUCACCACCAAGAAUGGCAAUGUCAAGCUUUCCGAUUUUGGUGUUUCGCUCAACCUCCAAGCCAUGGAGAAGGUCCAGCACAACGAUGCCAUAGGUACGCCCAAUUGGAUGGCACCCGAAGUCAUUGAGCUCCAAGGCGCUUCUACUGCAGCUGACAUCUGGUCCCUCGGGUGUACAAUCAUCGAGCUUCUGACCGGCAAGCCGCCUUAUGGAGACAUGCUAGCCAUGUCAGCAAUGUUUCGCAUCGUCGAAGAUGAGCGUCCUCCGAUCCCGGACAAGUGUUCUGAGGAGCUCAGAGACUUCUUGGGUCGAUGCUUUCGCAAAGAUCCAAAGCAGCGGCCCCAUGCAGCAGACCUCUUCAAGCAUCCAUGGCUAGCAAGUAGCUUCGGUCUUUACAAAGAAGCUCAUUUCCAAGACAGUCUGCCAUUUCUGAAAAGGAUCAGCUCUGACACUGGCGUCGCUCGUCGAGGAGACGUGCGGACUCUCCACACGAUUUCGCAAGAUGGUGAGGAAAGUACUGUCACAGGACCUACCGAAGGGUAUUUCAUCCAAUCUAGACCAUCGUUGCAAAAGUCACGGACCUCCUCAGGGCUGGGCGGAGAGACUUGGACCCCAGCGCGAGAAUUCAGCACCAGCGCCUCGCCUGCGGUGUCUUCUGCAGACGGUGACUCAGGCCUGUUGCGCUCAAGUACUCAGGACAGUAACCGCAAGAGCGACCUUUCUUGCCUUGACCUUAGCUCAACGGACGACAGUCAUACCGAACAUCCCCCACAGAGCCUAGAAAGACAGUCUUCGAGAUCGCCUGCGCCCCACAAGUUUGUAAAGAGCACCUUCAGCAGGGACAUCCGCUGCAAGCUUUGCCUUCAGAGCGUCCGCAAGCAUGCUGUCUUUUGCGAAGAUUGCGGUCUGAUGUGCCAUGCUCGCUGCGCUCGGGAGAUCGUAUCAGCUUGCGACGUACGAGCUCAGCUUCUGCUUCUCCAACGUCAAGGACAGAUUGAGCCACCUACAUCACCUGUUGAUUUGCAAGAGCAGGAGGCCCUGCAAAAUCACCAGAGCGCACUGUCCCUCGCUGAAGUCUCGAUGAGUGAAGUGGCUUCCAGCGCAGCAGGCCUCUUCGCUGCUAGGCUGAAGUACGCCAUUGCGAGAACCAGGCGAAUCUCGAUGGGUCAAAGGAGCGACUCUUUCGAAAGGCGAGGUGCUUCCUCGCCAGAUGCCUCUGGAGGUAUUGAGAAGGACUCGCCAAUCAUGUCCAUCGAGACGCAGAUCGGAGCCUCGGCGGCAGAAUCUAGCAGUAUUGCUGUCGAGCGUACAUCGGACGUCAAAGGAGAAACAGAGAUGGGUGCAGAGGCUUCGAGCAGGAAGAGGGCUCACUGCUCCUCACCUGGCACUGAGCCUCGAGACUCCUUGCCGUUCAACCGCGGUGGAAGCGCAGAAUCUACCAGCGUCGCUCCACCUCCAGCUUCACAAGAGCAGAUUGCAACGAUUCAAGGGCCCUCUCGAAUCCAGCCUGCGCGACCUCGCCCUACUCAUCGCGUCUCGCACUCCACAGGCGACCUCAUAACCCUUCAAGGGCUCAACAUCGUCAAGGAACAGAACCUGCAAAAGACCGCCAGGCAUGUCUCACCUCCUCCUUCGGCGUCCGCGCACAGCGGCGAUCCAUAUAGCGGACUAGCAUAUACCCCCUUGGGCUCUCAGCGGCAGAGAGGACAGAGCGAACAUACCACAGCGGGGCCCUCUACCCUGGGCGAGAAAUGGAGAAGCAGACGAGCCUCGAUGGGACCGAGGAAGAAGGAGGAGUGCACUGUCAUGUGAAGCGCCGCGGGGUGGAUGCAGACCCCAGCAUGGAACUUCCUCUGUUUUCACCAUUCAGGAAGUUUGCUUAUAGCACACUUUUCAUACCACCCCUCGGCGCACGCCAUUGUUCUCUGCAUCUCUAU